GCGGGUGCAAAACAAGACAUAUGUCUACUUUGUCUGUCUGUCUGUUUCCGUUUUCUGGAAAUCUUCUGUUCACAGAAAAAUUAAUUGAAUUUACGUAAUUUUCAAACUACGCUAAUUUUGUUUUACUCGUUUACACUCUGUGUGUCAUGGCUCAAAAGCCUGAAGACUUCAACUUACCUGUUUCUGCUAUAUCGAAAAUUGUAAAAGAUGCUAUUCCUGAAGGUGUUCGAGUAACUGAUGGUGCAAAAGUGGCAUUAUCAAAAGCAGCAAGUGUUUUUGUGUUAUAUGCUACUUCUAGUGCUAACUGUCUUUCUCAGGAUGCAAAUAGAAAGCGCUUACUUGCAAAGGAUGUAUUUGAAGCUUUAAAUGAUCUAGAACUAGAUUUCUUGAUACCUCCUCUGCACAACUCAUUAGCUGCAUAUAGAAGAAGCUUAGAGACAAAAAAACAGGCAAAGGAAAGCAAGAAAGCAUCUAGUUUCAGGGAGGAGGAAGUAGCCGAGGAUAAUAUGGAAGUUGAAAUUGUAGAAAAUGAUUCACCAGAUGUGAUAACUUUAGACUCUGAAUCUGAAAGUGAAGAUGAGGUUGUAAAUAAUGACAGUGACAGCAGUAGUUCAUAGUUGCUUAUAUUUAAAACAUUAUGGGGAUGCACCUCAUACUAUGUAAUUUUUACAGAUGUUUACAAAGACAUCUCUGAAAUUUCUUUCACUUUUUCUAAUAAUAUCAAAAAAUGUUUUCCUUCUGAAUAGUUAUGUUAUAUACAACAAAAUAACAUUUUAUCAAUAUGUACUGGAUAAGUGAUACUACUUGAUGAUUCUGGUUAUAUAGUAUUUGUCUGGAUCAGUAUUUUUUUUUCUGUCAUAUAGAAAAAGCCAAUUUUUCUUUACUGACAUUUUUUCAAUUUCUGCCAAUACUGUUACAUAAGCAAACAUAAACAAAAAUGAUUAUCAUCUAUACUUUUUUGGAAUUUGAUGUAUUUCGUAUGUUGAAUAUCUAAAAGUAAUCAAAAUAUUUAAAGCUUUUGUUUAUGAAACUAAUUCUACAAUUUAAGUUUUGAAAUCGUGUAUUGAAUUUUAAUCAUUUCUGUUUAAGGUAUAUUUAACAUGAAGCAAUAAUAAAAAGAGAAACAUCUUUAAAAAUCUUAUUCUUAAAUUGUAUGUUUAAGGUAUAUGUAAUAUGAAGUGAUGAUAAAAUGAGAAACAGCUUAAAAAUCCUGUUCUUAAAUUAUAUGUUUAAUGUUUAUUACUUAUUUGCAAUAUAUUAAGUAUAUUAAAAAAACUCUGAAGAAUUAAUCAUUGAAAAAUUUGUGUGAUAUUUAUUUUCUGUUUAAAUGGAUUUCACUAUUUAAAAUUUUUGCUUAGAUAAACGCUAUAGAUCAGGGAUGGCCAAACUACAGCCUGUGGGCCAGCUACAGCUUGCCUAAAAAGCUUUAUCCAACCAACUGCAAAUUAAUAUAUAUAUAUAUAUAUAUAUAUAAUACAGAUAUUUAUGAUAUUACUAUACAAUAUAUAAUAUUAUAUAUUAAAUAUUAUUAUGCAAAUAUAUAUAAUAAUAUUAAUGCUAUUGUAUAAUAAUAUAUACUGUAUACAGCUCCUGCCAGACAGAGAUAUCACAUGCAGAAAAUGAAUUCAUGUAGAAGAGGUCUCUUAUCUUGUCCGAUUUCCCAAAGUUAAAUUCAAUAAGCUCAAUAAAUGAAGAAAAGCCUGAGUUAUGAAGAUUGCCUAAACCUGCAUUUUAACACAUAUUUCAAUGCUAUUCAAAGAAAUUUAUAUUCUCACAAUGCCUUUCAACGUUAAUUGUGAAGCAGUGAAGCUAGAUUUGCAGCUUAAAUUAAUUGAGUAACAGUCUAACAAUCAUCUCAAACAGUUGUUUCUCAAUGUUCCAAAAUUAGAGUUUUACAAAUCAUUAUCAAAAAUAAGUUUUCCAAGUUUAAUAUUUUUAAGCCCCGAAAAUUAGCACUGUUUGCUUCAUCUUAUAUAUGUGAACAAGUGUUUUCUACCAUGAACCUUGGGAAGAAUUCUAUUAGAAAUAAGAUUGACAAAUGACCAUUUAGCACCUUUCUUAGAAUUAAUACAUCACGGUUCAAACCUGACUGAAAGGAAUUUUUAAAAAUGCAGUUUUAAUCAUUGAAUUAAUAUUUUUCUCUUUUUAAAAUUUUAGAAUAAAUUAUAUUGCCCUUUGUGAAAGAAGUUUGCCUCUCACUGAUAUAUAUAUGAUUCAUAAUUUUUUGGAGCUUUAAUAGUUUAAAAAACUAUAAGAAGUACUGUAAAUAUGUGCAUUAUUUCAAAGUUUACCAUUGUGUUAUCAUAUAAUUAUAAUAAUGGGCCCUGUUUGUAAUUGUAAAUUUAGAUGCUGGUUGGCAGGCAUAACUCUAGUAUGAUACAAAAAUGGAAGUAAGCUUACUGCAUUUUAAAAUUUGUUAAACAUGCGUCAGUUGUGAUGAUAUAAUGGAAAUUUUCUUCAAAUUGUCCAAUAGAACACCUGCAGACAAGACAGUUUGUGCAAGAUACAAGUUCAAAGACUGUCUGCUGGUGAAUGUGGAACAAACUGACUAGCCGAAACCAUUUGCUAAGAUCAAAGUCUGUAACAUCACCAAGAGUUCUAGUGCAAUGCAGAACAAACUGGUCAGCUAAAACCAUCUACUGGGUUUAUCUAGAGAUGGGCGGAUAAACUUCUACAGUGCUAUCAGUACUUUUGGGAACAAAAAGGAAGGAAUUAACAAUAUAAUUUUAAAAUGUUGGAAUUACAGCCUACUUCCAUAUGUGUUUCCCCCAAAAGUGCUUAUGUAAGAGAGAGGUGGCAAAUUCAGGGACUGCCCUGUGCAGCAAAAGCUUUCGCUCUAUUGGUCACACUGGCCAAGAGUGUAUAUAUUGAGCAGCUACAAAAUAUGUACAAGAGAUUAUGCACUGCUAUACUCUAUACAUUUAAUAGUUAUUUCAAUAAAAAAAUUUCUAACCUGUGAGGAAAUUAUGAACAAGCUUAUAUUUUUAAAUAUUUAACUGUUAUAGUAAACAUAUUUCAGUUUUCCUAGAAAUCUGUUCAUAACCUGUUUGUCUUGUUCAUUUGAAAAGAUUAUGUGUAACAUAUCAUAUUUUAAAAUAUUUGAAUGAUUAAUAUGCAAGUAAGUGUACCAAGAAAGUAAUAUUAUAUCUUGUAUUCAAAAAUUAAUAUGGAACUAGAAAAUUAUUUCUUUGAAUACAUUGCAUAAGUUUUGGAAUCUUUCGUAUUCCUGUUAAUUACAGGUGUAUUAUGCAAAAAUGGUUUGGGGGAGAGGAGAAAUCUGAUAUUUUACUAAUUAUAAAGUUGAGAGCUUUUCUUUAAAUUUUUAAACAAAAAUUUUAAAAAAUGUGAUAUUUUCAAUCCACUUAUUUAAAUAUUUAAAUCUGACAUAAAUCUUUAUGUAAUUCUGUUAUCUUUAUUAUGUUACAGUAUAUCAUUUACUUUAAGACUGAAGUAAUUUACCAUAUACCUGGGCUGUUCUUUUGCACCGCUUUUUAAAUUUAAUCUCAUUCAUAUUUAUGUAAUUCACCAGAUUCAGUACUUGAAUGUCUUACAACAAGAUUUUGCUUCAUGUCAAAUCAUUUUGAUUUGUGCGAAGAAUUAAAUCAAUUAUGUAGUUAAGUUUCUAUCAUAAUUGUUUUUGAGUACAUUGAUCUAGGUUAUUUGAUGAGGGUGUUAUUCUUUUUAUCUUUUCAUAACAAGCAUGCAAAAACAAAUUUGUAUUACAUGUAGAUAUUUUGUGUAAAUAAAAUUUUUUACUGGA